AGUUUGUUUGCGUCCUUAUGACGGAUGACUGAAAUGACUGGAAUAUUACCGUAAUCGAGUUUCCUCUUUCGAGAUUUCUUCUGGCUAUAUAAAAAAAAAAACAACUGGGAUCACUUCACUUCUUAUUCCCAAAACCAUCUGUAAACAUCUGAGUUUCAGAGAAGUGACUGUUGUAGUUAUGUACUUUUUGAGCGUGUUUCUCUUGGCGGUGUUUACCGUGUGCCGCGGGGACAUCCCGACCGUCAGUGAGCUCGAUCUCAAGGCGUACGUUGGCCGCUGGUAUCAGCCCUAUCAAAACAGAUGGACAAAGAUCACCAAUUUUGAUCUGGAUUCUGUAUGCACUACAGCAGAUUACAAAAUCAUCAACCAGACGUUCGUCUCGGUGUACAACGCCGGUCGGGAGGGCUGGCCGGAAGGGAAGCGACGUGACAUUGCCGGCUUCGCCUACAUCCCAGACCCGUCCAAACCAGGGAGACUGAAGGUAGUGCUGGAGGGAGUACCGGCUGCUGGCGAUUAUCUCAUCAUCAAGAUUGGUCCCAUCAUCGACGGCCAGUACCAGUACGCCGUGGUCACCAGCAGCGGUGACCGCGCCCUCUACGUCUUGGCCAGGAAUCCCAUCUCCUUUCUUGACAAGUACGCCGAGGAAGUCUUGAAGUUCCUAGACGAAAACGGGUACCAGGGAUUCCUGAAGAAGCCGCAGCCACUGCUGCAGGCUACCAACUGCGGCUAUCCGGAGACGAGAGAAAUCAUGGACGUGCUCUUUGCAGCGGUGCUGGCCUUGUGCCUGGCGGGGCCAAGUCUCGCAGCUCCCGGCUACGCGUCCCCUCCAAAGACGGUUGGCGAGCUGGACCUCAACAGCUACCUCGGAAGAUGGUAUCAAAUGUUUGCAGAUCUGGUAGUGGAUUCGACAUUUGAGAGAAAUGCCUAUUGCGUCACUGCCGACUAUGCUCUGAACCCUAACAAGACCAUCUCCGUCUACAACGCGAACACGGUAGGCAGUCCUACCGGAGCAAGGAAUGCCAUCAAGGGGUACGCCUACGUACCCGACCCCAGUCAGCCAGGCCAACUCUUGGUCAAAUUCCCGGUCACUCCCGUCGCCGGCUCGUACUGGGUAGUCCAGUUAGGUCCCAAGGAGACAACAUGGCGCGACUCGGACCCCCAGUACCAGUACUCCAUCGUGACCGACUCCCUGCGUGCCACGCUCUUCGUUCUGGCCAGGGACCCCGAUGACUUCCGGUCUCGGUUCCAGGCCGACGUGCUCCAAUGGCUCAAGUCCAAUCAGUUCGAUCAUUUCUACAACAAGCCUGUCGAGACGGUGCAGACGGACGACUGCAAGUAUCCGCCAAUGGGCGGUAAAAAAGACAAACUGUAGUGUAAUGGGGAAGGAUGUGGUACUUCAGUCAAGGGGAAAAUGUUUUGGGUUAGAAACUCUUUUAAGAAGGGAAGGCAAGACUGUAUAGGAUGGAAUUAAGCGUUACUUACUGGAAGGCGCUAGCAAACGAAUUUAAAUUAGUAUUGUAGUCUUGAAAGACAUGAAAAAUAUUUCAAUGGGACAUGUACAUGUUAUUUACCUAUGUUUGAAUCAGGAACUUGAGACAUAUGAAUUUGUUUUACUCAGAAAUUUCAGAGUCAUUAAAAAAAAGAUAGGCAUAAAAAGUACCCUUGUGGGACGUUUCCAGUAUCUGUUCUGUUUGCAGGCUUGCCAACCAUGGAGAUGAUGACGAUAGAGGGCGCUGUUUUAAAAAUAUGAUGUUUCAUUCAUGUAAUUAUGUGCCUAAUAUUGUAAAUGUGGCAUGUAAAUGAAAGGGAAAUUAAUUGGUCAUUUUGAUUAUCAGGUACUUCAAAUUUUUAAUGAUUUGCAAUUUCGUUUUGUCCAGCACACUGUAAAUACUUCAUUCUGAAGAUACUUUUUUUGCAAAAGUAAAUUUAACAGGUUUUGUAAAUUUCAAUGUUUCAAAUUUCAAACUGUUAAAUUAUACCCAACAGAUUAUCAAUGAAUUGGAAUAUAAUUUUUGAGGAAGGCCUUUUAAAAGUGAAAUCAAUUGGAAAACAGCUUUGUGAACUUUUGACCACCAUACACCAUUUUAUUCUACCAAUUCAUAAUAAAUAUCUGUAUUUUAAAAAA